AUGGCAGCUAAGCCCACGGAAGACUUGAGUGCCAACCUCAGCUGUCCUGAAUGUCGAGGGAUAUUCAGCAGCACCCCUGGCUCCUGCCUAGAGGCCAUCAGCACCCCUCAAGCCAUGAAAACCCCAAUUGUCACCACAUGUCCCCUGACAAGUGGCCCGGUUAACCACUGCACCCCAGACUAUGACCCCUUCGGCUCCCUGAAAAAUGUCCUGGAAUUCCUGGCGCCCCUGAAACCAGUGGCCAUUCGAAUAGUGAGAAAUGCGCACGGGAACAAGACAGGUCCCCUAUCAGAGCUCCACUACCCCAUCGACAGCCUGACCAAGAAGCCCAAGGGCUUCGCCUUUGUCACCUUCAUGUUCCCUGAGCACGCAGUGAAGGCCUACGCAGCCGUGGACGGACAGGUGUUCCAGGAGACCAAGGGCAGCGUAGCCGUGCGCGUGGCCCUCGGGGAGACUCAGCUGGUCCAAGAAGUGCGACGCUUCCUCAUCGACAACGGCGUCAGCCUGGACUCUUUCAGCCAGCCAGUGGAGGAAGGAGCAGAGGCCCCCACAGCCAAGACGGAAGAAGAGGAGGAGGCGGACGAGGAAGAGGACGACGAGGAGAGCCUUCCAGGGUGCACUCUGUUCAUUAAAAACCUCAACUUCAGCACCACAGAGGAGACACUGCAGCAACCGUCUUCCCCAGGGCGAGGCCCAGGAGAAAGCUGGAGGGUUGGCCAAGGUGACCUGUACCCGCCCCUCCUCUCUAGGCCAGCCCUGACCUCUGCCCGGAAGAAGCAGCUUCCCCGGAAGCAGACCUCAUCCAAGAUCCUGGUGCGGAACAUUCCCUUCCAGGCUGACCGCAGGGAGAUCCGCGAGCUCUUCAGCACCUUUGGAGAGCUGAAGACGGUCCGCUUGCCCAAGAAGAUGACCGGGACAGGCACGCACAGGGGCUUCGGCUUCGUGGACUUCCUCACAAAGCAGGAUGCCAAGAGAGCCUUCAAUGCCCUGUGUCACAGCACCCACUUGUACGGCCGAAGGCUGGUCCUGGAGUGGGCAGACUCCGAGGUGACCCUGCAGGCCCUGCGACGGAAGACGGCCGAGCACUUCCACGGUAGGAGGGCGUGGGGCCUGGGCCUCAACUGGGGCUUCCUGGAAGGCAGGAGGGGCUGGGCCCCAAGAGAACGACCAAGGCCCCCCGCACCCAGUGCCGGGCAGCACCCUCCUGUCUUCGUGGCAGGAGGCUGGCCCCUGGAGGCCUCCCUUUUCUUUCGGGUGCCUUCGCUUUGGGGCCAGGUGACAGAGGACAGGUGCCAGCUCUCUUUCCCCUUCUGGUCUGUUGAAUGGGUCAUCUGGCAGGGAGUACAGACUCUCUCCUGUCUGCCUGGGGAGCCAGGCUCCAGGAUGGGGCCAGGACAGUCCCUCCUGUGGCCGACCAUGGUGCUGAGGUGCCUGCAGUCUUCCUCCUUGUUCUGGGGCACGUGCCUUCCUGUGUCUCUGCCUGUCGUUCAGGCCCAUCCUGGGGGGCAGCUGAGGGCCAAGGGGACCUGGAACCAGGAGCAGUUGUUUGCUGCUGGCCAGGGAAGCUGGGGCUGGAGAGCAGGGCCUCUGACAGCCCGCUGGACCCCAGAACGUCCUCGGAACCCAGCGGCAGCCGGAGGCCUCGGGUGUGGCCCACCUGCCAGGCCUACAGAGGCCGCCCUGCCCGACCCUGGCUGCCCUGCUCCACUGCUCCGCUACACUGUUUCCCAGACCGGGCAGGGCCUGACUGUGCCGCUCUGUCCUCUGUACCGUGGUGUCUUGCCCCUUGGUCCCUCUUUAUCCUGGACGCCUGCCCUCCCCGUCCCUCUUGUCUCUUGCCCUGUUGUGGUGGCCUCUGUGGUUCAUUGUCCUCACGGAACCCACACCUCCCGUGUGGGGCUGUUGUGCCCAUCUUUGUGGGUCUUGGGUUCCCCUCUGGGUCACUGAUGCAGGCCAGGCCCUCGCCAAGGCUGGGGACAUUUGAGCCAGGGCGAAUGUGAAACCAGAGACAGAGGCCAGCACAUAACCUCGAUCUCAGUAAGUCCCCAAGUCCUGACGUGCAGAAAAGGAACGCGUCCCUAUCGACAGGCAUUGACAGGCCCGAAUGCACCGUUGGCAAAUGUUUGUGUA